AUUUCACACCGAAGAAAACAGAGUUUCGGGCGUUCAGCUUCCGGUGCUCAAAAGCUCCAAAUCCCAAAUUGACGGAGCAAGAAAUUGGUGGCUGGUUCAUUUUGAGUUGAGAAAGCAUUGGUAUUGGGUGAGUCCCUUGCCUUGUUAUCCUUUGCUCCAAUUAUGUUUGGUGUUUAUUGUAGAACAAGAUUGCAAUUACUAUUUCCAAGUUAUCUCUGCUUUCAAAAGACGCCUCCUUUUAUCACAUCAUUUUCAUCGAAAUCAUUAUCAGGUGCUGAAAUUGAUGAAAAAGGUCGCUCUUUUACAGUUUCAUACUUUGUGAACUCAUUUGGGUUCUCCCCGGAACUUGCUCUUUUUUUGUCCAAGAAACAUAAGAUACAGUUUGAAUCCCGAGAAAAACCAGACUCUGUUAUUAAGCUUCUGAAACACUACGGACUCAAUGGUACCCAUGUCUCUGAAAUCGCUAAGAAACGCCCAACCCUGUUUUUAUUAAAAGCUGAGAAGACCCUUCUGCCCAAACUCGAGUUUUUUUGUUCUAUUGGCAUUUCAGGCACUGUCCUUGCUAGGCUCCUUUGUAACAACCCAAGAAUCUUGGCAUUAAGCUUAGAGAGAAGUCUCAGACCUUGUUAUGAUCUCACCAAAACUCUACGUAUCCCCGACGAAAAGCUCCGUUAUUUCUUUGGUGACUUCAGGCGGAAUAGUUUGGAAAGACUGUGCAUUGUUGCUCGAAAUAUUCCGGUGCUGAUAGCACAUGAUGUGCCACAAUCCUCAUUUCCUCUGUGGGUGCCCUUUUAUUUUAGGGCACUAUCCUUUGACUCUGAGAAGGUCAAGACAAAUGUUCACAAGGUCAUUAGCAUGGGAUUCGACCCUUCAUCUGCCACAUUCAUGAAAGCACUGUAUGUGAUAUCAGUGACGGAUACAUCGAAAUGGGAACAGAAGAUGGAAUUUUAUAGCAAGUGGGGUUGGACUGAAGAUGAUGUGUUGUUGGCAUUUAGAAGGAGUCCCUUGUUUAUGUCCUUCAGUGAGAAGAUUAUAUCCAGUAAAAUGGAUUUUUAUGUGAAUACAAUGGGUUGCCAGCCCUCAGAUGUGGCUGGAUGUCCAGAUGUUCUAACUUAUAGUUUGAAGAAGCGAAUCAUACCUAGGUGUUCAGUUAUCAGACUUCUCCAGUUAGAGGGCUUAAUCGGAAAGGAAGAUGUAUCUAUAAUUACCAUUCUGCAGAAAAAUGAGAAGUGGUUCUUGGAAAGGUUUGUGAUCAAAUAUCAAGAGCAAGUACCAGAAUUGCUGACAUCUUACAAGGAAAAAAUCAGUCUUGCAAAGUUUGGCUUAGGAUUAGAUGAAAGAGGUGGAGUGAAACAAGUCUAGGACAAAGCUUGUUAUUCUGCAUUCUAAUUGAUGAUUCUGAGGAUGAAGUUCUACUACAAAUCUCACUGUGCUUUGAACAUUACAAUUUCAUUUCUUUUAGUAUGUUCUGUCUUGCAAAGAGAGAGUUUUAAAUGGCUAUGCAGAAAAUGAUGUUCUGUAUGACUUGACCAAGUAUGCUAUCCUCAAACCGCUUAGUUCUGAGAGAUGAAUUCUUAUGAUAGAGAGAGAGGUGUUCAACUCAGAUAGGAUUGCUCCUGAACUGCUUCUUGACAGGCAUCUUCAUAUUACAUGUUUAACACUCUCUAAGUUUUUGAACACUACUAUGUACGUGAACACUUCGAAUCCAAAGCCAUGUAGCUUAGAUUUCUUUUCCUUUGAAGAAACUGUAUGUCAAUCAUUUGUAUUUACUGCACUCCUGUAAUAGGAUCAGUAACUCGGGACAUUACUGUUCACUGGUUCACUCUGAUAAAUAUGAAAUUGCAGUUUCAAUGCG